CCCGGCCCCGAACGCGAGCACCCAGCCCUCCUCCAGGUCUUCCCCGGCGACGAGCGCGUAGAAGGUACGCCCGAUCCUUCUCCUCCCUUCCUACUUCUCGAAACAGAGCACCCAAAACCAUAGCUAAGCUAUCUGUAUUCGGAUCUGACCCAGUUACCUACCAGUUUCGAAAUUUUCUGCGAAAAUUAUCCACCCCUGCCAUCGAGAUCCUUAAGUACCAGGCAUAAAAUCUUGCCUAGUAAUUCUGCGUACCAGAACCCAUAUCCAAAUUUUCUUUAACCCUGUUACAUGCCCAUGCCCAUGCUCAUCUACCACUACCAGAGGGGAUCCUUAGCACAAUGGAAGAAGGAGCACCAGGGCCGUCGCAAGCCAUCCCGGAUUCUGGAGACACGUACCGCAACAGCUCCACCGCGCCCGUGGGCAGCAGCUCACCGUCUGUCGCGAAGCUCCGGAAGCUGCUGUUCCGGCGGAUGCUCAUCGGCGUCAACGACGGCCGCUACUUCCACGGCCUGUUCCACUGCAUCGACAAGCAGGGCAACAUCAUCCUCCAGGACGCCGUAGAGUACCGCAGCGCCCGCCACUGCUCGCCUCCGACGGAGCAGCGGUGCCUGGGGCUCAUCCUGAUCCCGGCCGCCUGCCGGUCGUCGUGCCAGGUCGAUUGCUCCGUUGAAGAGAAGAUGUCGCUCCUGUGUUUUGAGUGAAUCGUGCUUCAAAGGGAAUACACUACGCAUGUACUAAGUUACUGGGGCUCAUCUCUGCUAUCUGAAACUGAGAGGCAUGAUUGGUGUUUCCUAUUUUUGAAGGAUUGUUUAUUAGAAAACUUCAGAGUUCAUACAUAA